CGCACUUGGGGUUUGGAGUGAAGGGAGCGGUGCCAAUGUGUGUGUAUAAAGGCAACCAUCCUCACCGUGGCACCUCCGAGCUCAAAGGGAGCUUCGGCUCCCUUGACCAUCAUGCCACUCGACCUCAUAAAGACUUCAAAACACUUUGAUUACACCGGCCGCAUAUCUUGAGAGUUAUCACUCGCCCAGGCAGUUGGGGGGUUUUGCAUCAUCAGCCACAUACCUAGUCGAUAUCCGACCCCUCGAGGCAUCAAUAUACACCAUCCCACGACGACCCACGUAGGAGGCUCUUGUUUAUCCACCAGCCAAAAUGUCCGAUCACGAAUUUGGAGGCAAUGAUGAUCUCUCACUCCCCAAGGCGACGGUUCAAAAGAUUGUGAGCGAGAUCCUCCCAUCGUCGACUGGCCUGUCAUUCGCCAAGGAAGCACGGGAUCUUCUUAUUGAUCUCUGCGUUGAGUUCAUCUCGCUCGUAUCGUCCGAGGCGAAUGAGAUUUCCGAGAAGGAGUCGAAAAAGACGAUUGCUUGUGAUCACAUCACGCAGGCGCUCGAGCGGCUCGGUUUUGCCGACUACGUCCCCGCCGUCCUAGAGGCAGCUGCGGAGCACAAGGAGGUCCAAAAGGGACGAGAGAAGAAAGCAAACAAGUUCGAGCAGUCCGGCCUAUCACUUGAAGAGCUCGAGCGAAUCCAACGGGAGCAGUUUGCCGACGCCGCGGCGCGACAUACUUAAGAGGGGGGCAAAGUCGCGGCGUUGCCGACGCUUGUGCGUCUACCAGUGCCCGAGCAACAGCCGAAAUAGCGGAUGGGGUCGCCUCGGAAGCAGUAGAGGCAGAAAAAGAAGAAGAAGGUGAUGCAUCAAGCCGAUGCAGAGCAACAGCCGAAAAGUGGGAAGGGGCGGCCUCGGGAAGCAGCAGCAGCAGCAACCUCAAGCCGAUACAGAACAGCUCAUCUCAUAGCGGAACCAGAAAGGAGAGGCCCGGCUACAAACGGUUGAGAAGGCGAAGCCGGUUGGGAAUGAGGACCACCAAGAUCUGAGCGAGAGGAAGGAGGACAACAAAGAAAAAGGGAACAGUGACUGGGCUAGCUACAUUUCUUGGCUAGUACGACCGGUGGAAUUGCAUAUCAAUGAGCAAGAGGUGGUCACCAUCAGUCGGAAUGAGCAACCCAAGGUCUCGGCGGAACUCCUUCCGGACAGAUAGUAAAGGUCCGGGUUUGCCUAACGAAGCUGAGGCGUGGGGAACAGCGAUAGUUGAAAUCUGGAAGCAAGUCGGUUGGUACUGAACAGUUGGAGGAAGAAGCGAAAGUAGAGAGAGAGAGAGAGAGCCUUGCAUUUACGUGGUUUUAAGUUUGUGUUUGUUGAAGAUCGGGGUUGGGAAUUUAGUUGGUACGCGUUGUAUUGGGUUGGAGGGCUCUUGGAGAAAGAGAAAACCCGAUCAGGGGGUUCUGGAUUAUUCUUACUUGGAUGUGCGCCUUACACAUGGAUAGGUGUGGUCAAACUUUGGGGUGUUCUCGGCGUCAAGUUGUCGGCAUAACCUCCUUGUUUUCGUAGGAAUAUUCAGCGAGGGUUAUGGUUAAUUGGUUGCGAGCGGGACAUGUAUGGUGAUCAUAUAUGCUUGAGCAUUAUGAAGCUACCAUAUUUGGAUUUGAAGAAGAUGAGUCCGAGUCUGCAUCCUCAUCGCAACUGGGUGUCAACCAUGACCAGCUUACCGAGCCUUUCCGGCUCCCAAAUACCACCAUUAGGACAAAUUGAGGUUGAGAAACAAGAAUAGACUUUCAAGCUGUAAGGGGUGCGCGUGC